GAGUAACGGGGAUUCCUAUGUUGACAUUUUGUGAUACCGCUUCAAAACGUACACAGGUUUUAGAGAAAUAUAAGUUUCUGUGUUAAAAUGACCUUACCCGAGGCUGAAAAUCUAGAAGAGGUGAAGCAACCCGAAGUUUUGCUGCCAAAUACAAAUAUUGUAACCCACUGUGUGUUAAAAAAUGAUGUUGCACGCCUGGUCAAAUGUUUUGAAGAUGAGGAAGACGAAUUUAAAGAAGGAGUUGAAACUUUGCUUAAUGUGAGAAAUGAAGAAGGGAAAUCACCUUUAGAUUUAGCUGCAAUGCUAGGGAGGAUUGACAUUACCAGAGAACUCCUACAAAGGGGAGCAGAUGUAGCCAAUAAUUCUAACAAAGGGUUUUCUCCAAUACAUUAUGCAGCAGCCUGGGGUAGAAUUGGUGUACUGAAGACUUUAGUAGAGUUUCAAGUUAAUCUUCAACAGAAAAACAGUCAUGGGGAAAGGGCUAGAGAAACUGCUUUACGCUAUAAUCAGACAGAAUGUAUGGAUUACCUAGACUGGGCUGAAGCUAAAGUAAAUUUAAUUUUAUCCAUUAAACAUAUCCAAGAAUGGGUGACCGAUCCAGAAAGAAUACAAGGACGGUUGAAUAAAGAGGAAAAGAAUCUGUCGGUGAAUGCUUGUAAAGAAAAAACAGAAUGGGUAGAAUCUACAGUUGAUGCUACGACUCAAGAUUUUAUACAGCAGAAAGCUAAUAUAGAAGAACUCGUUGGACCUAUUAUGCAGAAACUAUCUGAACCAUUACCUGAAAAACCAGAGAAGAAAUAGAAAUAAAGGAAAACAACAGAAUUUAAAUUAAUGGAUCAAUGCCUUAUUUCAGAAAAUUUACUGUCCAGUUUAUUUAAGUUAAAACACCAUGCUAUUGAAUAAUAUAUUUAAUUUUACUACCUAAUAAAACUUUUUUUAAAUACUA